AUGGAUAACUAUCGCACAAAUUUUGAAAAAAUAAAAUCUUCUGGCAUGAGUCGUAUGCUUGAAUAUAUUAACAAUUCCAAUUCGGUAAUUAGGGAUGUGUCCAACCAGCAACCCAAUUCACUAAACCAUGCCGCUACUCCUUAUGAACAAACAUGCGUCCUGUCUAAUGCCAAGAGCACGAACAGUUACUUGGAUACAAAUGAAUGUGUUAAAAUUCCCGAUCUGAUACUAUCAGAUCCUACUAACUUACUGCUUGGCUUGCAGAUCCCUGUGAGAAACCCCCUGGACAUUUAUAGACUUCCUACCACAAAUUUUGAUCAAAAAAAUUCAAAGUCUAGAUUUCUGGCUGCCAUGACUGCCAACCUUAACACCCUGAGUGAUGACAUAAACUAUGAUACUAGUAAAACAAAUUUGGUUUCAUUAGCCAAGGAAUAUGCAUCAUUUGUUGACAUGGAUAACAUAACUAAAUCGGCUAACAUCAAUCCUUUAAUCGCCAGCACUUUACCAGUCAUAACCCACGCUGUAACGGAUGAAAAUUUCGAUCCCAGAAGUUACUAUAUGAACUUGUUUGAACCGGCUACAAUAAAUCCAGAUCCAGAUGUAGACCAGUUGUUACUGAAUCUAGUAUCAAAAGACAGCGAAAGUGAAUGCAAGUUAAUACCUCAACACAACGCGGAAACUAAAGAAAAAUCCAAACUCAUAAAUAUCAAGGGAUCCACCAUAAAACCAAAAAUUUUGGUUAAGGAUUUAGGAGUUAAAAACUCUAGGCCCGUGGUGUACGGUUUGUCUUGUGAGCAUGCAUCGUUGCCAUCCACUCCCACAAAUAUCGCAUCUGGGACACAAACGGAAAUGUUGUUCAAAACCUACGUAGAUCAGCGCAGUAAAAACAGUUUAAACAAUAUGGACAAAUCACCCAUAUCGCCAGAUGGUAUUAUAAGUGAUAGAAUAAAUAGUUUCAGUGGCGGCAAAGUAAAAAUUGGUUACAGGGACACAUUUGAUUUGACAUCACUCCAAACAUGA